CUCUACAAAGGGUCUUACGAGGGCUGGUACUGCACCGCCGAGGAGUGCUUCCUGCCCGAGAGCCAGCUGGCCGAGCGCAGGGAUGCGCAGGGGCGCCUCUGCAAGGUGUCGCUGGAGACCGGCCAUCAGGUGCACUGGACCAAAGAGGAGAAUUACAUGUUCAGGCUGUCGGCGUUCCGGGAUCCGCUGUGGAAGUGGCUCCAAAAGAACCCACACGCCAUCUCCCCCAACCCUUUCUACCAGCGCGUGCUGCGCUGGCUGGAAGAGGACUUGCCAGACCUGUCAGUCUCUCGGGAGAGCAGCCGGCUGCAGUGGGGAAUCCCUGUCCCUGGUGACCCAACACAAACUAUUUACGUGUGGGUAGAUGCACUGGUGAACUACCUGAGCGUGGUGGGCUACCCCACAGCACACGGGGAGUGGUGGCCGGCCGUGCACAUUGUGGGCAAGGACAUCCUUAAGUUCCACGCUGUCUACUGGCCAGCUCUGCUGAUGGCAGUGGGGCUGCGGCCCCCCGAGCGGAUCCUUGUGCACUCCCACUGGACUGUCUGCGGGCAGAAGAUGUCAAAAAGCCUGGGCAACGUGGUUGACCCCUUCUCCUGUAUGGAACAGUACACUGUGGAUGGGUUUCGGUACUUCCUGCUAAGGCAGGGCGUGCCUGAGCGGGACUGUGACUACUACCAUGAGAAGGUCCUUAAGGUGGUGAAUUCAGAACUGGCAGAUGCGCUUGGGGGGCUUCUGAAUCGGUCCACAGCCCUCAGCAUUAACCCCAGCAACACCUACCCUUGUUUCUCAGAGUCUUGUUUUCCAAAGAUCUCGGAUUCCAGGGAGGCAAAAGGCACGGGCAGAGCUUCUGCUGAAGACUACGAGUUCCUGGCAUCCAUGGCUUCUCUGCCUCUGCAGGUGGCUGAUUACUUUGAGGGUUUCCAGAUCUACAAGGCUUUAGAAUGUAUUACCCUGUGUGUAAGGCAGACCAACAGUUUCUUCCAGAGGCACAGGCCAUGGAAACUUAACCGGAAGGACCCUGACGAGCAGCUCUGGCUUGAUCCCAUAAUACACCGCUACAGCGGGAAGCCAUGUCCCUUCGAGGGGAGGCAGCUUGGACCCGACACUGGCAUCUUAUUUCACAGACUAGAGACGUCAAGGGAGCAUCAGAGAGAAACCAAGAAGCUCUAG